AUGGCCGGCGAAACCCAACCCUAUGGUCUAUGCCAGUCGCGUGAGAGACGGGAGGCAGAUAACCCAACCACAUCAAAACGUCGACCUACUAUCGGCAUGCUAAGCCCACCAUUGAAAAGACAACCUGACUAG